AUGGUGGCAUAUUUUUCAUCCAGAGGUCCCAGUCGAGCAAGCCCAGGAAUUUUGAAGCCUGACAUCAUUGGACCCGGUAUGAACAUCCUUGCGGCAUGGCCUUUCUCCGUCGAAAACAUUAUCAAUGCAAAAUACACAUUCAACAUUUUUUCUGAGACAUCGAUGUCAUGUCCCCAUCUGUGUGGUAUUGCUGCAUUGCUUAAGAGCGCACACCCGGAUUGGUCUCCUGCCGCCAUUAAGUCAGCAAUGAUGACUACUGCUCAUAUUGUAAAUCUCAAUAAUGCUCCCAUUGAAGACGAGAGAUUCCUUCCAGUCGACAUUUUUGCUGUCGGUUCUGGUCAUGUCAACCCUUCCAAGGCUAAUGAUCCUGGGUUGAUUUACGACAUUGAACCUGGAGACUACAUUCCCUAUCUGUGUGGUCUGAAAUACACAAAUCGGCAGAUGAGCAUGAUUUUACAACGUAAAGUGAAUUGCUCAGAUGAAUCAAGUAUACUGGAAGGAGAACUGAACUAUCCGUCAUUUUUGAUUGUCUUCGGACUAUCAAACCAGACGUACACGAGGAUAGUGACUAAUGUUGGCGAGGCCAAUGCAUCAUACACCGUUGAUAUUCUUCCUCCUCAUGGUGUUAAUGUGGUUGUCAAUCCUCGUAGUCUCCAAUUCUCAGAGUUGAACCAGAAACUGAAAUUCGAAGUUACGUUUAGCACAUCGAUACUAGUCCUCUCAUAA